AGAAAAACGAAAGAGAAAAUGAAAUGAAGAAAUGCAAAAACACUCUUCGGUUCUUCACUUCUUCUCCCUCCUCUCCCUGUCCCGAUUUCUGAUUCCAGAUUUUUAACCAUUUUUAAUCUUCUUACUUCUGCACAUGCAAUUCUGCUUAAUUUGUCCUCCCUUUCCAUAGGUUUCUUUCCCCUGAACAAGGUCUUUGUCAAAAUUCCGAACUUGGUUUCAGUCCAUGUAUGAUGUAAUGUCAGCAUUUCCCUUUCUUUCCAACAAAUUUCUGACUGUUUCUCUUCGUUAUUCUCGGUGUUUUUUUUUUGAGGUUCCAGAUCAAAGUCUGAUUUUUUUUCAUUGGGUUUUCGUUUUUCCGGUUUUCCCUUCUCUUGAUCUGUUGUACCUGUUACCGAUGAUUUUCCGGCGAGUUUAGAUUCCAAGAUGUGUAAUUUAAGUACCCAUUUAAGAAAUUACUUGAAUUCUACUGUUUAAUUUAAAAUAUCAUCAGGUUCAUGUAAGUUUAGCUUCUGGAUUCAUGUUUUUUCUUUGAACUUUUGCACCAUAACCUAGGGUUUUAUUUCUCCAGCAUUUACUGUUUCCAAGGCAGAUCGAAUAUGGAUUACACUCGAGAGAAUGUGGUUCAUGUAAUCCAACCAAAUGGACCAGAGAAUUGGGUUCCGAAUGCCGCUGACUCCUCUGUUUGGGCAACGGAAGAGGACUACCGCGUUUGGAACAACCACGAGGCCUCCUGCGAUACUCCCUCAAACUCCAACUACGACCAGCGCCAAUCGCGGUCAAACAGCGAGCAGCAGCAGAACAAGAAACUCAGAAACUCUCAGGAAGUGAAUUCCCGGUCAAAAGCCAUAGGGAAGAUGUUUUUCAAGACUAAGCUGUGCUGCAAGUUCAGGGCUGGUACCUGCCCGUAUAUUUCCAACUGCAACUUUGCUCACAGCAUGGAAGAGCUUCGACGCCCGCCUCCAAAUUGGCAAGAUAUAGUUGCUACCCAUGAGGAUGACAAAGGCAUAUUAUCAGAGCCGAGAGAGGAGUUUCAAAUUCCUUCCGUGGGUUCUUCAGGAUUUGGAGUUGAUACGCAGAGGUCCUUCAAAUGGAGGCAUUGCAAAAAGUUCUAUACCGAGGAGGGUUGCCCGUAUGGUGAAAAUUGCACUUUCUUGCACGAUGAGCAGUCAAAGAAUAGGGAGAGUGUCGCAAUAAGCUUGGGGCCUGGAGGGUAUAGUGGUGGAGGUGGGAAUGGAACAAAUUCCAAACCUUCGAACUGGAAGACUAGGAUUUGUAAUAAGUGGGAGGUUACUGGUUACUGCCCAUUUGGGAGUAAGUGUCAUUUUGCUCAUGGGAAUGCAGCUUUUAUCUUCACUAACAAGACCUGAAUUUGCAAGAAUUUAUCAUGUUGAAAGAUUGUCAUAACAAAAAAAGAAAAAAUGAAGAAACUCUAUGCAUAGAUAGAAUGAAGUUUUUCACUGCCCGUUUAUACCAUAACAAGCACGGCAAUGGGAGGCUUUCUGCCUGUUAAGGCUUUUUUGGUCUACUUUAUACGUUAGAAACUUAGACUGAUGCUUUAUUGGAAGUUUUCUUAUGUUGCCAGACUUUCUAUUUGAGGACUUUGGCUUCUGUUUUAAACUUUUAAUCGUGAGAAUUAGCCUGGUCCUUUUAUUGGUAGGUGUUUCUAGAACCAUAAGUGGGACGUUUGGUGCUUUUCAGCAUGAAUGAGUCUUCACCCAAAAAAAAAAAAAAGAGAGAAAGGAAUGAAAGUGUAUCCAUCUUUGACUGCUUUUAAAAAGUGUGGUAGCAUUGUGUCUUAAAUUAGCAUUAAGACUUGCUUACUUUCUAUUUUUUGGGCAAUUCAUGUAAUGUAAGCAUCUUUGUUGGUCAAAAGAACGAAAAAUGGAAUGUAAGGAUCCAGAAUCUCUGAACAAUCACCACCUGCAAUGCCGAUCUCUAUGAUGCGUGUGCAUCUUGAAACUGAAUAUUUGCUUCAUGAUUCUAAAGGGGGCUUGAGAAGUUUUGUUUUUUCCUGUGGAUAAGAAAUUGACGAAACUAGACUUCUCAAGAAAGUUCAUCUUCUUGAAGAAUAUAUCACUAUUCUUAUCAUGGUAAUUGCCCAGAUUUCUGCUACAAGGAGGUUGUUAGCAAUGGUUCUUUAUGAACAGCCAUGUGUGCUUUUGGUUCUUGUUUAUGGAAUCUUGUGUUUGGAGCAUUCACUAAGCACUUUUGUUGUCCACUGACCACUAUGGCCUCAUCAAUAAGUAAUGCAAGUCUAG